AUGCAAUUCACUCAAAUCAUCGCUUCAUUGGCUUUAGUCGGAUCUAUCCAAGCUAAAUUCCACAACACUACUGGUGGUGCUGUAUCCAACUCAACCGGUGCUUCUGGCUCAAACUCUACUGGUGGAUCAAACUCUACUGGUGGAUCAAACUCUACUGGUGGAUCAAACUCAACUGGUGGAUCUAGCUCCAAGUCAGAUAACGCUGCCGCCGCCAACGCUAACAUCUACGGUGGUGCUGCUUUGGUUGCCGCUGCUGUUGCUUUGUUGUACUAG